AUGGUAGAUGUUGCAGGAGUUGUUGUCCUUAUUGUAUUUUACGUCAUAAUUCUAGUGGUUGGAAUACUGGCAGCAAAAUACACUAAGACAGAGGGGGCAUCCGAGACGGAACGUUCAUUGGUAGCUGGAAGGCAGCUGAAUCUCUGUGUCGGCAUAAUUUCUAUGACAGCAAGCGCUGUUGGAGGUGGAUUCCUUAAUGGAUAUGCUGAAUCCGUUGCACUGUAUGGGUUAAUCUGGACGUUAAUACCCGUUGGUGGUAUGAUUGGAAAUUUCCUAUCAUCGUUUGCCUUUGGAGGUGAAAUGCGCAGGAGGAAAUAUUUAACCAUGUUGGAUCCUUUUUAUGAGAAAUACGGAAAAGAAGUGACGGCCAUUUUGUUUCUGGUUGCACUUUUUUCCGAUACACUGUGGACUGCCUCUAUUUUAAGUGCCUUGGGCUCAAGUCUUAGCAUUAUACUUGGACUGAGUUCGGUGGUAUCCAUUGUCGUAUCAGCCUUGAUAGCAGUAUGCUACACUAUGAUUGGUCAGAUGAUUUCCGUGUCUUACACAGACGUAGUGGAGUUGGCGUUCAUUAUUAUCGGGUUUGGUAUCGCCAUACCAUUUGCUGCAUCAAAUGAAAAUGUCAACCUAAGUUCCCUCAGUGAAACACAAGAUAGAUGGCUUGGUACGAUUAAACCAAUACAGAUUGCAUCGUAUAUAGACUUAGUUAUUACAGUUUGGAUACUAGGAGCUUUGCCAUGGCAGUGUCUUUAUCAACGGUUUUUAUCAGCGAAAUCUGUUAGAGAUGCAAAGAUAAUGGGAGUUCUUGGAGGAAUUAUGGUCGCUAUCAUUGGAGCGGCACCGAUAUCUAUUGGGAUCAUAGGAAUUGUGACGGACUGGAACAAUACAAGUUAUGGAGCGGAUCCCAUACAAGCCAAUGAAGCAAGUAUGAUACUGCCAUUAGUGAUGUAUCAUCUCACACCAAAACCUGUUGCAAUAAUAGCACUCUGCGCUGUGACAGCUGCUGUUAUGUCUUCAAUGGACUCUGCCAUAUUAGGAGCAAGCGGAAUGUUUACUCAAAACGUCUACAGAGUCGUAAUUCGUAAAAAGCCAUCAUUACGAGAACAAACCUGGGUACGACAAAUAGCAUUGGUUGUCAUGGGCGUUACAUCGUCGUUAAUUGCUAUAUUUGGAGGAACUACUGUCAUUGGGUUGUACUAUGCGUCUGCAGAUGUUGCUGUGGUUGUAAUAGUUCCACAGCUGAUAUGUAGCAUGUACAUUGGAGUUGCCAACGGGUACGGGGCCUUGUUAGGCUCUGGUUUGGCUUUAGUGCUCAUCUUUGGAAAAGGCCAGCCUAUGAUUAAUGUAUACGCGUUUGUUCCAUAUCCGCCGUAUGACAAUGAGGGAGAUAUAUUUCCUGUUCGAAGUCUUUGUAUGAUCGUCGCUAUCUUGACCACUGUAGUAGUCUCCUACGUUACACGGAUGAUGUUUAAAAAAGGACUAUUGGCUCAAAGAUUCGAUAUUUUCAACCAGUUCUCGACAGUAAAACCUGAAGUGUCUGAUGACUUGUUCCAAGACGGAGAAUCCAAUAGGGAUAUUCUUUUAAAAACCACUUAACUGUGCAUGAUUGCAAGCUGUGAUUGAGUGCCUGAUAUAACACGGAACUACACUAGUAUGUAGUCUUGUCAA